UCUCGCUUUCGUCAUCACCAUGAGUGUCGUCGACUCCUCGAACGGCGUGCUCGCGUACUACGACACCGUCGUGGGUCCCUUCUUCGCGGACAACGGCCCCGUCGUGCCGGUGGUGUGCGUGCUGCUGUACCUGACCCUCUCCGGCCCGGGCUGCCGCGUCGUCGUGAACGUGCUCGGCCUCGAGAUGAGUGCCGAGGACAAGAAGCUCCGGAAGCGACAUCCAUUCGUGACAGCCUUGAGCGUCGUGCACAACUUCCUCUUGGCCGUGUACUCGGGGUGGACGUUCUACAACUCGGCAUCGAUCUUCUACCACCACUACCAAACCAACCCGGGGUACUCCAACUUUAUGUGCGACGCGUCCGGCAAGCACUGGUCCAUCAUCAGCUGGUGGUUUACUCACUUUUACGUGUCCAAGUUCUACGAGUUUGUCGACAGUUGGAUCGUCUACUUGAAGGGCGACAAGCCCAUCCUGCUGCAGACGUACCACCACGCCGGCAUCAUCCUGUGCAUGUACUGCCUCAUCCAAGCGCAGGCGACGGCGCCGGCCCUCGUCGUCACGUCCUUCAACAGCUUCAUCCACACGAUCAUGUACACGUACUAUCUUUUCGCGACCCUCGGCUACCGCAGCCCAUACGCCAAAUACCUAACCAUGGCCCAGCUCACCCAGUUCCUCGUGGGCAUCUCCCUCACCGUCCCGUCGUACUUUGUGGCCGGGUGCAACAACACCAACCAGACGUACGGCAUCGCCGCCAUCCAUGUGUACACGGUCAUUCUGAUCUACCUUUUUGCCAUGUUCUUCGCCAAGCGAUACGCCACGACCAAGCCUGCGCCCAAAAAGGUUAACUAGAAUGGAUACAAAUGUCCUUGUUAUGUGAGAGAGUUGAAAGGGGCCGUUGAAUGCACGACCAGCAGGAGACAGGUUGCGAAUAUUGUUGUUUUUAUGUGCUCCUUUUAUCCAACUUGCAGGAAAUA